GUCAUCUUUACGCGAUGACGCCAGAUUCCCGUGGAUUGGCUGCCUGCCAUCUUUGAUUGUGCGACAGGCCUCGGCGAGAGCGGGGCCUCUUAACUGGAGCAGACCUGUCUCACACGAGACAACGGGAACAGAAAAAAAAAAACUGACAAACUGCUCAGUAUCGUCCAAAUUCGGAACGACACGCUAAGAUAAAGAAGAGCCACCCGAGCGGGCACAAUAAGUAGCGUGGCUCUUGCAACUGAAGAGGAUCUUGUAGGUUGCUAUCACUUUAGCUGGCUAGUUAGCUAGCUAGCCAGUGUAAUAGCAAGCUUUUGUAAUUCACCGGCUGCACACACACGGAAAGCAAAGCUGGUCAAGCACAGCCUCCUGCGCAGGGGAAACGAAAAUCAAAAGUCAGUGAAAGGACCGGCGGAGACAGGGGGCUGGUUCUGAGCGGUGAGCCAGACGACCAGACUCAAUGAGUUUCCAGCGAAAUGUCCGAGAAGUCAGGGCAGAGCACCAAGGCAAAGGAUGGCGCCAAGACCAAGUAUGCAACCCUUAGCCUCUUCAACACAUACAAAGGCAAAUCUCUGGAGACCCAGAAAACUGCAGUGGCUGCCAGACAUGGACUCCAGAGUUUGGGCAAAGUUGCGGUCAGUCGGCGCAUGCCCCCUCCGGCUAACCUGCCCAGCCUAAAGGCGGAGAACAAAGGCAACGACCCCAACGUCAACAUCGUACCCAAGGACGGCAGCGGCUGGGCAUCGCGCCAGGACCAACCCGGUGACGAACGACAACAAGAAACCCCACCACCACCUCCACCUCCUCCUCCUCCCAAACCGGUGGCCCCCCAUGUCCCGGAGCUUACUCUGGGGGGAAGCCGCUCGUGGGUCAACAACAAGCAGCCUGCCCCAGUGGACAGCGCCCCGCGUGUAAGCAGCCAGUUCCAGCAGGAGUUCCCCACCCUCCAGGCAGCCGGAGAGGCCGAGAAGGCGGGCGACCAGAAUGAGGAACCCUACGGGCCAGGCCCCAGCCUCAGACCACAGAAUGUUGGCAGCUGGCGAGAGGGUGGGGGCAGAAAUCUGAACACGGCUCCCAGCCCCUCAGAGAUGGACAGCAAGCCUCCUGAGGAGGGCGUGGUGGGCGUGGUGGGCCGCACCACCCCAUCCCCCACUGUCGACUCAGACGAAGCGAACAAACCUGCCUCGGGAGAGGGCAGAAACAAGUGGGAUAGGAUGCCUGCCCCAGCCCCCCAGCAAAAGCUCAAUGGGGGGCAGCAGCCUCCGGGUGGCGUUCCCCCACAGUUUCAUGCCCAGUUCCGGGGCAUGAUGCCCCCUUAUAUGUUCCAUGCCUACCCUCAAAUGCCUUUUGCACCUGUGCAAGCAAACUUCAGAUUCCCUGUGCAACAGGAUGGAUCCAAACCUAAUCCCAGGGGUCCCAGGCCAGGCCCAAGGCCACAGGCAUGGCAGCAGGAUCCUGACCGGCCCUCCAUUAUCAGUGCCACGGACCUGAAGGAGCUGGAUAACCUGGACACGGACACGGACGAGGGAUGGGCAGGAGCCCAGAUGGAGGUGGAUUACACAGAAAAACUCAAUUUCAGCGACGACGAGGAACACCAGGCUGCCAAGGAGAAAGGAGAGAACUGGGAAUGGAUGGGUAAGGUGGAACGCAUGCGACCACGGACCGCAGACGGCCAGGAGGGCUGGAAGGAGGGAGGUGAUGACAGGGGCAGCAGCAGAGGCUCAUGGGUAGACGGUGGCAACGGCAGAGCUCCCUCACCAGGCAGCAUGAACCAGUACAACAAGACAGCUCCUCGGGACUACCAGGGUCAGCCAGUAGGCCGGGCGGUGAGUGGCAGCGGGCCCAGACCAGUGAAGCCCCCAACCGGCGAGGAGGACUCGGAGGCAUGGCGGCAGAAGCGCAAGAAGCAGUCAGACCUGACGGAGGCGGUGGAGCGUGCGCGGCGGCGGCGUGAGGAGGAGGAGCGGCGCAUGGACGAGCAGCGGCUGGCCGCCUGUGCAGAGAAGCUCAAGCGGCUGAACGAGAAGCUCCGACCCGCGCCCAGCGCCAGUCCUGUCGCUGCCCCCUCAGAGCCCAUACACGCCGUGUCCACCACAGCCCCCGCCAUCAGCGACGCUCACGAGGACGCGUCGGGCCCCCGGACCGACACCCCCGCCCCUCAGCCCCCUCCCCAGCAGCAGCAGCAGCAGCAGGCGCAAGACCCCCCUCCCGCCCCCUCACCCGCGCAUGAGAUGCCUGAACCCGGCCCGGAGGAGGAGGAGGCCGUGCCAGCGGUUCACUUCGCCCCGCGGCAGCCCACCCCACCGGCCCACAGGGCCUCAGUGGAGCAGCAGGCGGAUAGCAGUGGCGGAGACGAGCCCCAGCUGCAGCCCGAAAGAUUGCCCAUGAGGGAUUAUUUCUGUGCAGACGAGUGCAGAGUGGAGGAGCCGCAGCUGCCCUUGUCCCGGCUCGACCCCUCCAGCAGCGAGGACUCCUCUUUGCAGCCUCCAGAGGCAGAAGGGGAGGGUGGUGCGGCCAUCCGGCCCGCUCUCAACUCCGGUUACUCCAAACAGUUCCAGAAGUCCCUGCCUCCUCGCUUCCUCAGACAGCAGGAGCAGCUUAAACAGCAGCAGUGGCAGCAGCAACAGCAGCAGCAGCAGCAGCAGAGUGGUGGUGGCGGCUCAGUCUCUCCGUCUGGAACUGGGGUGCCCCCCCCUCAGCACCGCUCCCUGUACCAGCCCCUGGGCCAACUCCCCCAGCAUAUGCCCUCCAUGGGCUUCGACCCCCGCUGGCUCAUGAUGCAGUCCUACGUGGACCCCCGCAUGAUGCCGGGGCGGCCACCCAUGGACAUGCCUCCCAUGCACCCAGCAGGGAGAAUUCCUCCAAAGCAGCUGGCGCGCAGAGACCCGGCUGAUGGCAGCCCAUCGGGCUCCGAUUCUUUCGAUCACCUGACACGCCCCAUCCGAGAGCAUAGCCUACCUAACGAGCCACGCAUGGUGUGGAGCUCUGACUCGUACCCCCAAACAGAGCCCCUGCCCUCAGCCACCUCACCCAAAGUCCGGGAGGACAGCAGGGAGUCCAGGCUGGAUGCUGGUCUUGAGCUGGACAGAGGCCUCUCCUCUGUCUACUCCCAGGAGCACAGCCCCCUGGAGCCUCGAGGCAAGAGUGACUUCUUCAGGGACUCGACUGAGCCGCUGUCUGCAGCGUUCAGCCACGGUCCCGAGGAGGUGCCAGGCCUGCUGCAGGCCGACCGAGAGCCCGUGGUCCCUUCCUUUGAGCCAGAAGAAGCCAGCCUUCCCUGUGGGGAGGACGUGGAGGCUCUGGGCAAGGCAGUGCUCAAGAGGAGCAUCUCCCAGGGCUCAAGCCACUCGCUCAAACUGGACGAACCACGCUUUGAGGGCGUCACCCUGGCGUCAAAGACGUUGGACCUGUCUGAGGGCAGCGAGCGGCCAGACGAGAAAGCCAGGAGGGAGCCGUUCGGACCAGGCCCAGCUGCCAGUAACCGCUCCACGCCUCCUGCCACUCAGACAGAUGGGCUGCACAAAGCGGACAAACUCCCACUGCCGGCGCCUUGCAAGCAGAAGGUGGAGUCGCGUUGGCCCCCCUCACGGAGCUCCGCUUCCAGCAGGAGAGAGGGUGGCGGUGGAGGAGAGCGGCCCAUCCGGCGCUCUGGCCCCAUCAAGAAGCCCGUCCUGCGGGACAUGAAGGAGGAGCGCGAGCAGAGGAAAGAGCGGGAGGAGAGGCGCGAGCGCGGAGAACGGGGUUUCAAGAAAGACAGCGGCAGUGGCUCCAAGCCCCCCUCCUCCGCAGCUGCGGCCGUGUCGGAAGGACAGAAGUCCUCCACGGAGGGUAGGAGGGAGACGUCAGCUGAGCCCGAGGAAGGGGCAGCCGGUGGAGCCACCAAAGCCAGAGAGCCUCAGCCGUCGGCGGGCGCCUCGGCAGUGAACAUCCCAGAUGACAAAUCCGACAAGCCAGCAGGCGGCGACAAGCGCCCUGAACCCAAACUCCCAUCCCGGAAAGAGUCCAAUAUACCACCCCGUGCCUACCGGCGCGAGGAACGGGAGAGAGAAAGGGAGAGGGAGCGGGACCGGGAACGAGACCGGGAACGGGAGAAAGACAUGGACCGGGAGAAGGAAUGGCCGACCGAUGCCAGUUUGCGAGGCCGUGGGCGAGGGGAGUACUACUCUCGUGGACGGAGCUACAGGGGUAGCUACGGUGGGAGGGGGCGGAGCAGCCGAGGACGGAGCAAGGGAGAUUACCCCCCCUACCGGGAGCCGCGUUCACGCUCUGACCUACCCCUCAGCGCAGCCGCCGCCGCCAGCCUCCGCUGCCGUGAGGAGAGCGAGACGCGCAGCGAGAGUUCGGACUUCGAGGUGCUGCCCAAGCGUCGGCGCCGGCGGGGGUCGGACACAGACUCUGAGAGCGAGGGCCACGAGUCGGCCAGCGACACGGGUGCGUCCGACCGCGAGCCCAGCGCCAAACCCAGCCAGCCGAUCCGCCGGGAGCUACCUGGAGAUCCGCGCUCCGGAGCCAAAGGUGGCGGCCCAUUUGGUCCCGCUCACCUUCCGGACAAAGGUGGGAGCAGGGAGGAUGAGGGUAGGCCUAAGCCAGGCUUCCUGCCCAAGGGCGAACCCACACGUCGAGGUCGAGGAGGGCUGUUCAGCAGGAGAGGGGGUGGAAGGGAUCGAGGAGCCCCCAGGUCAGCCCCUCUCAGGCGGGCUGGAGUCAGGGAAUCGUCCCAGUGGCCCUCCAGGCCAAUGGAGACCUUCCGUCCUGAGGAAGCUGAGACCUCGCGCCUGGACAACCACCAGUCUGAUCGACGCCUACCCAAAUACGAGGGGAAGAAGUUUGGCGAGGGACCUCAGAACAGUAGGGAGAGGCCCAGGAGGCCACGGCCUGCACGGCCCCCGCGGCAGGACAAGCCUCCCCGCUUCCGCCGGCUGAAGGAACGCGAGGCGGCUGUAAUGGCUGGAGAGGCUGCACCGGUGGCCCCCAUGCCAGGGGCUGUGUCUCCGACUCUCUCCAAAGCGCCUGGCACCCCUGUCACCCUACCAGAGGGGAACGAUGCUCAAGCGCCCGCCCUGCCCCCGACCUCCGCUACCAGCUCUGCCACCCCAGCCACGUCUACCGCCACUGCCACGCCCCCCGAGCUAACCCCCGCGGAGGCCGCGCUCCCCUCUGAGGUCGCCGCCACCACCGUGGCUGCUGCUGGCAGUAAGUCCCCCGACCUGUCCAAUCAGAACUCGUCAGACCAGGCCAACGAGGAGUGGGAGACGGCCUCGGAGAGCAGCGACUUCAACGAGCGACGGGAGCGCGAGGAGAGGAAGGGGGCGCUGGAAGCCGCAUCCGCCGCUGUCGCGCCCGCUGCCAGCACCGUGACCGCGGCCACUUCCGCCCCAGUUGCCCAGGGCGCUGCGCCCCAGAGCAGGAGCCCCACAGAGGGAGGCGUCACCCCCAAGCGUGAGGCAGCAGCCAAUGCCAAGAGGAGCUUUUCCAGCCAGAGGCCCGUGGACAGGCAGAACCGCAGAGGCAACAGCGGGGCCAAGGCGGGACGAGGCUAUGCAGGGGGCAAGAGUGAGAGAAGAGGAGGCACUGGUGCUAAACCAGGACGGAAAGGUCCUCCUGGCCAAAAUUCCGAGGGUGCCCAGGCCGGUGCGGGCCAGAGGGGCGGAAGGGAGAGUGCCUCUCGCCGCAAAGAGGAGGCCAAACAUGCCGCCAAGAAACCCAAGGAGAAGGCUGACGCUCUGUCCCAGUUUGACCUCAACAACUAUGCUAGUGUAGUGAUAAUUGACGACCAUCCUGAAGUAACAACACUAGAGGACCCCCAGUCCAGCGCCAAUGAUGACGGUUUCACGGAGGUGGUCUCUCGCAAGCAGCAGAAACGCCUGCAGGACGAGGAACGCCGGAAAAAGGAGGAACAGACCCCGCAGAACUGGAGUAAAAAGGGUUCGGGAGAGAAAGGCCGUGGAGGCGGAGGCUCCAAGCUUCCCCCUCGCUUCGCUAAGAAGCAGCAGGUAUCCCAGCAGCCUCAACAACAGCAGCAGCAGCAGCAGCAGCAGCAGCAACAGCAGCAGCAGCAGCAGCAGCAGCAACAGCAGCAACAGCAUCAACAACAACAACAGCAGCAGCAGCAGCAUCAACAACAACAACAACAGCAGCAGCAGCAGCAGCAGCAGGCUGCUCAGCAGAGCCAGCCAGCACCCUCCGCCCCCCAGCAGCCCCAACAGCAGCCCCAGGCUCCCCAACCCCCGCAGCCCCAGCCAGCCAUUGCUGUGUCCCAGCACGGCCUGCAGCCCCCCACCCAGCCUGCCAGCUCCCCCCAGCCUCUCGAGGGCACCGUACCCAUGCCCCCCGCCGCUGUGGAGUUCCCCCCGGCCAAGGCGCAGACGCACAGCACCCUCGGCACUGAGCUGUGGGAGAAUAAGGUGCCGGGAUCCACCGUCCUCUCAGACGUUAAGAAACUUGGACCUAUCAGUCCUCCCCAGCCCCCCUCUGUCAGUGCCUGGAACAAACCACUCACCUCCUUCACUGGGACAGUCACUCCUGAGGGGGUGAAGGCCAGCCUAGACACUGGAGUGGAGCUGGGUAUGGACAGCAUCCAGUUUGGCGCCCCGUCCUCAGCGGGCAGCACGGACAGUGACGGCGUGCCCGCCCUGCUGGAGAAGGGCUCUGAGAACAAACUACCUGAACCCAAAGAGCAGAGACAGAAACAGCCCCGUGCUGGACCAAUCAAGCCUCAGAAGCUUCCAGAGAUUGCUCCCCCGGAGCCAAAGGAGUACAAGCCCGGCCCCAUCGGUAAGGAACGCUCGCUGAAGAACCGCAAGGCCAAAGAUGGCAGGCAGUCGGACGGGGAGGGCUUGGACAAGGGCAUUCCCGGGGGCAGCAGGGACCGUGACUCCAGCUCCCCCAACAAGGAUGCCAAUGUGCCCGAGCUCGGGGGAGAAAUCGAGGGCAUGAUCACCGUCCCCGCUGCGGAAUAUUCCAGCAGCUCCAAGCUGGAAUCUGUGACUGACUACACCACCCCCUCUUCUUCAUUGGCUGAUAAUGUCCCAACUGCAGGAAGCAAAUUGGAAGAGAGCAUUGUGGCCCACGUGGCCCUGCCUCACUCGCUGCCUCUGCCUCGCAGGGAAGCUCUCCAGCAGAGCCCCAGCCUCACUACUGUGUCUCCCGCUACUGUAGACCUGACACUUAAGAUGGAGUCUGCACGUAAGGCAUGGGAGAACUCGCCCAGCCUGGUGGAGAAGAGCUCGCCCGUGACCUCCUCGGCCUCCCCCAUUACCAGUGGAGGAGGAGCAGGCAGUGCCUCCUUCAGCUCCUUCUCCAGCGCCUCCAUGCCUCAGAUCCCCGUGGCCUCAGUCACGCCCAGUACCUCCCUUUCAGGAUCAGGCACGUACACCACCUCCUCACUGAGUACUAAGACCACCUCAGCCUCAGACCCUCCCAACAUCUGCAAGGUGAAGCCUCAGCAGCUGCAGAUGAGCAGCAGCAACUUCUCCCAGCUGGGCUGCAUCCCCUCCCUGUUGCCACAGCAACAGCAGCAGCAGACGCCACAGGUGUUCGUCUCCCAGUCUGCAGCAGGUUCUGCAGCCCAGAUCCCUGCCUUCUACAUGGACACCAGCCACCUCUUCAGCACGCCCCACCCCCGCCUGGCGCCUCCCUCUCUGGCCCAGCAGCAGGGCUUCCAGCCGGGCCUGUCUCAGGUGCACCAGCAUGCUCACCAGGAUCCAUAUCGCACUGCCCAGACGCAACUGCUCUGUCUGUCUGCUGCUCCACCUAUACCCAAAUACUCCACCAGCCCACAGACAGGACCAACCGCUGUGCAGCAGAUGCCAAUCCCCAUUUACGCGCCUCUACAGGGCCAGCCCCAGCACCAGCACCAACAUCAACAUCAACACCAACACCAGCAUCAGCACCAACAUCAACAUCAACACCAACACCAACACCAGGCCCAACACCAGGCUCAGUUGGGCCUGAGCACCGGCCCGCCCGUCUCCCAGCCCCAGGACCUCUUCAGCUCGUCCUUGCAGCCCUACAGGUCCCAGCAGGCCUUCAUGCAGAACAGCCUGUCUCAGCCUUCUCCCAUGAUGCUCUCUGGCACAGCGCUUCACAGCUACCCCGGGGUGCAGCCCCCUGAUCUGGGCAAGCCUCAGUCCAGCAUGGCCUUCCAGCAGACCUCCAACACCCAGCACAUCCCCAUCCUGUUUGAGCCUCAGCUUAACCAGCCCUCGGGCAUGGGUGGCUCCCAGCUUAUGGACACACACAUGCUACAGGCCCGUCAGGGGAUGAGUCAGCACUCAAAUCUUUACUCGGGACAAGUGCAGCAGCACACGCAGAGCAGCUACUACAGCUCCACACAGAGCCCCAGCUCUGGACUACAGCAGAUGACGGUGCCUCUGCCAGGCUCUCAGCUGUCUCUGUCCAACUAUGGCUCUGGAGGUGGGCAGCCUCUGCUGGCCCUGCCCCAGUCUCUGCCCCCGACGCCUCCGCAAGCACAGCCUCCCAGCAUGAGCCGCCAGCCCCCCAGCAACCAGACCUACCGCAGCCUCAUCGGCCAGAACACUCACAGUAUGAUGCAGCAAACAAGCAAGAUGUGUGAGAUGGACCUGAAGCUGUUUGGCAGUGGAAUGGAUGUCAAGCCUGGGACGCCCCCUAUGAGCGCACGGAGCACUACCCCCACCUCCAACCCUUACAGUGUGCUUCACAGGGCGAGUUCUACCAGCCCCAGCAGCCAGUCCAGUAAGAUGAACAGCAUGCUGUACCAGAAGCAGUUCCAGUCGGGCUCCGCCGGAAUGCGCAUUGCCCAGCCCUACCCCGGCCAGUUCAACCCACAGAUUCUGUCUCAGCCCAAUAUGGUGUCUCCGCUUGUGCGCCCGCCCCACUCUAACUCCUUCCCUGGAGGGGUGCAGCGAAACCCCAUGGGCCCCCCCAUGUCUCCCUCCAUGAACGCUGGCCUGAUGCCCCACCCCAGGCCCCAGUACCCACCACGAGGGCCCCCUGGACCCCCUCUCGGCCCACGGGGCUCACACGCCGCCCUGACGCAGGACCUCAAGGCUAAGCAGCGAGCCGAGGUGCUGCAGUCCACCCACAAGUUCUUCUCCGAGCAGCAGCAGCAACAGCAGCAACAGCAGCAGCUGAAGGCUUCAGUCAACAAGCCCCCCCGCAUGGAGGCUGGCAUCAAGCCCGUGGACAGCGUGGCCCCCAACCACCAGGGCGGCCCGCCCGAGCGCUCCGAAGCCGACAAGCCCCCCCUAAUGAGCACGGCCAAGCCCAUAAGGACCGGCCCCAUCAAGCCCCAGUCCAUGAAGCCAGAGGAGGGCAAGUAGGAGCCCCUACGCAACGCCUGACCUGCCUCUGUCUCUGUCUCCCACCUGCCACCACGGACGGACGGAUGGAUGGAUGGAUGGAUGGACGGACGGAUGGAUGGAUGGACGGAUGGAUAGAUGGAUGGACAGACAGACAGAUUAGAUGGAAUAUGUGGAUCUAGAGGAGAAGAAAUUCUACACGCAAACACACCCCCGCACUCCCCUCACCUCAUCCCCUUUGGGGAGAAGGGGACGAGGGAGGGGGGUGGUUCGUGUAUUUUUUUUUUUUAGAAAAAGCGUGAUUUCUUUCUCUGAGGGGUACUGUGUGCACACGCACCACCCUCCUCUCACCCUCCCACAACCCCUCCCCUCUCCACCUCCCUCUCCACCUCCCUCUCCUAUCUCUUCUCCUCACCUCUUCUCUAUAUCCCCCUACGCUCCUACAGUGGAGAUCUCCCUCUUCUCUCUGCAGGUCCUGUUGCCUCACGUGUAGAGGUGCUGGAGGCGUAACGACUAGCACCACACACACACACACACACACCCCCUGUGUUCUGCGUGUGUGCGUGUAUGUGUGUGGAGUGAAAGUUUAAAGCAGAGAUGAAAUAGAAGUCAAUUUGCUGCUGUUCAUGAUCAAAUGAUUCCCCUUCCCGCCUUUCACAUUCACUUUCUUUUUCCUUCACCCUUGAAUAGAAUCGCGUAUGUUUGGGGCGGGGGGAGGCUGCUUCUUUUUUUUAAGAAUUUCCUUGUAGUAGUUCAGCAGCCGGUCUUAUUUAAAAUAGACGUCACUGUAGUUUUUAUGUCGAUUCUUUCCGUCAUUUUCUUUUUCUUUUUCUCUUUCGCCCUCCUGGCUCUUCCUGGGACUGGAGUGAAGCUGUGUAGUUGAACACACGCUGAAGACCGUGAGGGGGAAGUGGUGCCGCUCCCGACCUGUGUGUGUGUGUGUGUAAACACAGGCAUGCAUGCAUGUGUGUGUGUGUGACCAUGCAAACACCUCCACCCAGGCACUCACACAUAUACCCCUACGUCCUGAUUGCGCAACAGUUUCAACACACACGCACACACAUACACCCAGGAGUUCACAACCAGGAGCUCAUUUUAAAGAAAAAAAGCUGUUUCUGUGAAGUUGCAGCCAUUAGUCAUUUGGUUUAGUGGAUUGAUGAUUUGCAGUCUCCGCUGUAAACCCUUUCUGCUGCCUUCUACUCCGUAGUGGUUUUGCCUGAAAAAAAGAGGGGUGUUAGUGUGUGUGUGUGUGUGUGUGUGUGUGUGUGUGUAUGUGAGGGAGAUCUCUCGCCUUUAGCCAAAGGUUUAGGCAACGCUGGGUCACCCCCCACAUACCCUUUAGAACACUCUUAAUGAACUUGAGAUGACAGAUCAGCUCAAUAAACAGGAGGUGAAAUGAUCCUGUGAUUUUUGUUUGUUUUUGUUUUGUUUGGUUUUUUUUUUAUUUUGUAAACGGUUACUAAGGAGUCUGGGGCCUGACACCCGUUGGCUCACGGGCCAUUGGUGAUGAGUCAAAAGUAAUUUGUCACACACACACACACACACACACACACAUAUACACACACGCUGCUCUCACACCACCAAUCCUAGUGUUCUCUCACCUUACUUGUGUCCCGCCCCACCACCACGCUACACCCAACCAUGCUGCAGUCCAUGCUGUAAGGUGGGAUCUUGGCUCUCCAGAAAGACGAGUGAGGGGUCAGGGUUAGACUUAGGGCGAGCAGUGGAAGGUUUGAUUUACCUUUUUGUUUCUUUUUGUUGUUGUUGUUUUUUUUUCGGGUAGGUAAAACAUCAGCUCGUGGGGUAAAUGCAACAAGAGAGAGAAUAGUGAGGACAUGACAUUAAAAAGAAAAGAUUGAAGGGUGGAAAGUGUGUUUUGAGCAAAAAAGGACUUCUUUUCUGUUGUGAUGAGACUUUUGGUCUGACCUCUCCAGGCCACUCACCCCUCCACCUCACUAGUCCUGCGUUGCCAUAGGCAACAGAGAGCAUGUGGUAAAGCGGCGCUACGUGCUCCCCUUGCAGUGAUUUGGCCCGGCCUCCCACACCUACAGUGGGAACCAGAAAACUGAAAAGGAGGAAGAGGGGUGGAUGGAGGGGUAAUGAUUGGUUUGAUUUUUUUUUUUUUCUUUUUUUUUUUUCUUUUGUUUUACUUGUACAGGGGUUAAAUCGCUGUAUUAAAAUAUGUAAGUCUUAUUUACAUUCUCUUGUUUUGGUUACAGAAACUAAUAAAAUAAUAUGCUGUUGAAAGAA